AACUAAGAGCCCUUCCCUUUCACCUCUCUGUGACCCCUCUCCAGAUGCCAGCACACUGUAUCGCGCACGUACUGAGUACCAGAGUGAAUUCCACAAGUUCCUCAACACCCCUCACCAAGAGAAGGACCUUGUGUUUGAGCUGAUCCAGGUGGUUGAGAAGGGAAGGGGAAUUCUGGAGAAGCACCUGAAGGGGUUCAUAGAGACAGGACUUUGUCCAAACACGUGUGGGCUGAUGUAUCAGAGAGUCAUGAACUGUUCCUCCUGUCACCCGGCGGUACGUACCUGUGUGUCUCCCACUGCUGCGGAGAGCUGUGGAGUGUACAGAAUCCAGGUGCCCGAGGGAGGCCAGGCUGUGCUAAACUGCUUCCUGCCUUGGCACAGCCUCACCAUAGGCAAGGCAGAGUACCAGUACUCCUGGGCACCCAACCUGACUGCUUCCAGCGAAGGGGAUUUUGAGGUGGUGAUAGCGACCCCAGAUGCCCGGGUUGUGCUGAACCAGGUGCGGAUGGAGGAGGGGGGAGUGUACCGCUGCCUCCUGCUGUCCACCAACGGCACUAUCCUCACUCGCAUCCUGUUCCUGCUGCGUGGUGAGUCCCAGGGCCAGGGAGGCAGAGCAGCUGCAGUGAUAAGACUGGAAACAUGAUCUGUCACAGUCCUGACAGCUUGAUGUCUUUCACACUUUCAGUCAAGUACAAACUCGGUCCACAUCCAAACUGGAACAGACUCAAACUCACAGAUGCGGUUUGGCUUGGCGUGGUGCAAGAUGCUUAGCCAGACACAGUUGCUCAUGCAGGAGGCUGAACCUUUAUAUGCUGGCACUGUACGGGUGGGGAGGUGCUCUUUUUCAUUUGGGUGGGUUCUUUUUGGGGGGUAGCUCUUCAACACAUUUACACUUGUGACUUUCCUCCAAUUCUCCCUCACUAUCCAGCUCUGAUUCCCUGUUCACUUUCUCUCCCUGUUCUCUCUCUCUUAUCAUUCUCCUCUCUUCCUCUCUCUCACCCCCUCUCUCUCACCU